AUGAUUUCACGACAAAUUCUUUUCGUUCGACCUUAUCUAUCAAAUCAAAUAUCAGCAGUAUUUCGACAUGUUCAUAUUAGUAAACCAAUCUAUCAAUCGAAUAAUCGACCAUUUACAUUAUCAAAACGAAAUAAAAAAGAUAAAAUUGAUAGUGGUGCUCUGUUUUUACUCAUAAUUCCAGUAAGUACAUUUCUAUUGGGUUGUUGGCAAGUUAAUCGUCGAAAAUGGAAAAUUAAUUUAAUUCAAACAUUAAAAUCACGUAUAGAUGCUGAACCUAUUUCAUUACUUGAAAAUUUAGAUCGUUUGCCUGAAUUAGAAUACUAUCCAGUUCGUGUACGAGGUAAAUUUGAUCAUUCACGUGAAAUUUUUAUUGAACCUCGUUCACGUCUUGAUCUUCUUACUCAUGAUAAUCGAGCGAGUUCACGACAAGCGUCUACUUCACAGACAACACAUGGUGCGCAUGUUAUUACACCAUUUCGAGUUGCAAAUCGAAAUUAUGAUAUUCUUGUUAAUCGUGGUUAUGUUCCAUUUGACUUAAAAGAUCCAUCAACUCGAAUUUCUGGACAAAUUGAAGAUGAACAUGAAAUCAUUGGAUUACUUCGAUCAACAGACUAUUUAAAUACAAUGUGGAAUAAAAAUGAACCAUCAAGAAAUAUUUGGCGUACACGUGAUGUUGCUGAAAUGGCUGCAGCUAUGAAAACAGCACCUAUUUUUAUCGAUGAAGUGAAAAGCACAUCUGUUCCAGGUGGACCUAUUGGUGGACAAACAAAUAUUCAAUUACGUAAUGAACAUCUUUCAUAUAUUGCUACAUGGUUUUCUCUUUCAGCUUUCACUACUGUUAUGUGGCUUCGUAAAUAUCUUUUAUAA